AUUGAUAGAAACUAAAGAUGGUCUCUUUUACACAAUUACACCUACCUAUAUAUAAACCUCCAUUCACAAAAACUUCCUCCCCAAAAAAUUCUCCCAUUUUCAGGCAACAACAUAAACACACACACACACACCAUGUCUUCUUCCCGUCCCAUGUCCACCACCACCACCACCACUCUCACAACCGCAUUCUCUCUCCUCCCGGACGACGUAAUCCGGGCCCACAUUCUCCCACGUCUAGACGGGUGUAGCUUAGCUGCUGUAGGGUGUGCAACACCGGAACUUUCUUCUCUCUCCUCUGACCACCAACUUUGGUCCCACAUAUGUCAUUCCACGUGGCCUUCUACGGCAACUCCACGUAUACGCCACCUCAUCUCUUCCUUCCCAGAUGGGGCCCGCAGUUUCUUUUCUCUGUCAUUCCCUCUUCUCUCUCCAAAUCCUCACCCUCCAUCACCAUCAUCAUGUUGUUCACUUCCUGAUCAGUUAAUCUCAGCCGUUGAUAUCUUCUACCGUGGAAAAUGCAUGUUCUCCAACGUACAAGAGACUGAAACCGUUACCGGGUGGUUCCGGUGCUCCCCCUUUAGGAUUGACCUGCUGACUCCCAAGGAAUCUGUCCCCACCCCAAUAAGAAGGCCAAGUCACGACGACACGUGUAAGGAUCUUUACGCUGACCUGGAGCUGAGCUGGAUCGUGAUGGACCCCACUGGAGGUCGUGCAGUCAACGUGUCAAGCUUCCGUCCAGUGUCAGUAGAGAGACACUGGCUGAGUGGGGAGGUGCACGUGAGGUACGCAGCUGUAGUGGAAGGUCACGUGAUGUGUAGUGUAGAGGUCACGUGCGUGGGAGGUGGGCCAGGUGGGGGGCUCGUGCUACACGUGACAGAAGCUUGUUUGAAGAUGGAGGAUGUAGAUGGGGCCCAUUUAAAUGGGAAGGAUAGUUUGGUAAUUUUACAAAGGGUGUUGGAGGGUAAAAGAGGAAGUUUGUGUAAAAAGGGAGGAAUGGAGGGGAGAGUUGAAGAAGGAAGGAGGAGAUAUUUGGAGUAUUUGGAGAGAAAAAGAGAGAGGAGAGAGAGAGUAUUGAGAAGAGAAGGAAGAUUGGAUAAUAUGUGUGUUGGAAUUGGGGUUUUUCUUUUUGUGGGUAUCAUUUAUUUGCUUUGCUUCUCUUCUUCAAGAUAACAUAGCUAAUUAUAUGCUCUUUUUGAAAAGAGUUCAUUAAAUGUAGAUUUGUGUACACUUUCUCGAAAAUAGUUCAAUAAAUAGAAGAAUGAUAGAGUUAUACUUUCA